AUGGAAAAAUAUUUCUUGCUAAUAUUUUUGGCUAUUUGUUUUUCCAAUUGUGUUUUCGCCGAAAACGUAUCUGAUAUUACAACCCCAUCAAAAGAAUAUGCAAAAAAAGUGAUGAAAGAUGUUUUGGUUUCACUCGGAAAACUCAACAUCGAUGAAUUUGCCAAUUUAUUGAACGAAGAUGUUUUCACUUUUCAAACAUGCUCAAUUCCGAAUAUUGUUCCUUAUGAACCUUUUCUCAACAUUGUUUCUAAGAAUUUUAUUGGAUUAGGAAAGAAAUUGGACUUCGAUGUUUAUAGAGCUUCAGUCAUUAAUACUCGGUUCAAAUUUGAUGUUUUGUUGAAAGGAGCAUCGAAACAACCAAUUGAUUUGCAUGUUACAAUCAUUCGUGAUAUUACAGCAUCAAAAGGUUUUCAAGUAAUCAGCAUUAAAAAUAAUGCAUGUUUUUAA